CACUCUGCAACUUUGUUAACCAGGUUAACAAACUAUAAAAUAUUUAUUGCUGUCUGAAUUGAAGCACGUCUAAUUUAAUGGGUAAGCAAUUUGUAAAAUAACAAUUCGAAACUACAGUAGCUUAAGAAGAAGUAAUAGAGUACUUUCAUAAAAAUCUGAAUUAUAUAUUUUUGUAAACUUAAACUUGUUUUGGGGUCCUUUUGUUGAACUGUUUCAUUUUCCCACAUUUAUUUCUCUUACUACUAAAUAUUUACAUGAAGAAACCUCACUUUGUAGGAUAAGAAUGACUCAGCAAACAAUAAAUAGCUCAAACUGGAAGCUUUUAAGUCUCCCUAAGGACUUGAUUGUUUUUUCUUACUCGGUUAUUCGAGUAAGAAAAAACAAUCAGGUUUAAUAACCGCUGAUAAUUAUCUGCAUAUUUUCACAGGCAGUCAGGACAGUGUACCUUUACUCCUAUUUUACUGGCUCAUAUUCAUCACACUAUAUGAUAAGAACAAGUCAACAUGCGAGUGAAAUUAUCUUGUAAGGAAUAUAGCAUGAAAGGGGAGCUAAAUGUCAGGUUCUUUUUCAAGCCAUCUUCUACUUAAACUAAAAGCCAAAUUGAGAAACUAAUUAUUUUAAUAGCUGAACUCAACACUCUGUUUAUCUUACUGUGUUUAAAUAACUAGGACGAUUUACAUCAGCCACUUUAAUAAGUACACCUUGAUAGCAAGACCCCCCUUUAGCUUCAGAACUUUCUCAGUUCUUCUUGGUAUUGAUUCCAGUAGCUGCUAUAAAUAAGCUUUAGAGAAUUUGGACCAUGCUGAAAUGACUCUUCUAUUGUUUAAUUUUUGGUGAGCCUUGUAUGCCGUGUGACAGGUUAAUUAAAUUUUUGAGAUGAUGAACAGCUGAGCAGGUGUACCUAACAAAGUGGCUGGGUCAUGUACAUGUAUUUGAAUAUUAUUGCUAGAUUGUUGCGGCACUAACAAUGAAGCAAAGAUACUCUCUGAAUCACUACAUUACACAUGCCAAAUGACAUGUAGCCACUGAUAUCAGUGCGGUUAGCAUUAGUACAUCCUUCCUUAUCAGUGUGUUUGCAUGUACCUUUGUACAGGUAAAGCAGGUGUCAUAUUUCAUCUAACCUUUCACAUGAACAGUAAUUAGUUUCCUUUGGCAAGGAUCAUCAAUAAUGCAUUCUUGUGUCAGGAUGAUUUGUCACUUAAAACCUGUAUCUAAAAAAGAAAGUGGUGUAGUUUUACUUAAUUUGAUGAAACGUUUUUUCUGCCAUGUUCAAGGUACCAAGGAUAUUUCCUAUGAGGAACUGAAGGCUCUUGUGGGAAAGAGCCCAAAUCUCAUUCUGAUUGAUGUCCGCAGUGAAGAGGAGGUAGCAAAAGGACAUAUUCCAGGAUGCACCAAUAUCCCACUUGAUACAGUGGAGACUGCUUUUGCAAUGAAUCCAGAGGAAUUCAAGGCCAAGUAUGGCAUAAAGAAGCCACAGCUGGAUGCACCAGAGCUGGUGUUUUCCUGCCAGACGGGCAGGCGAUCAGGACUGGCCAUCGGCAAAGUCCAACAGCUGGGAUAUGUGACCGCAUGCAAUUAUACUGGUGGAUACAGCGAGUGGUCUAAGAAAGAAGGAAAGUGAUUCACGCUAAAGGAGAGUUUCAUAUGUCUUCAUCCAAUCAGCAACUGUGAAAUUUAGAUGUUUUAAUCUUCUGGUGAUUUUUUUCACACUGUGCAAUAUUGAAUUUUAUAUUUAUGAAUAAUUACAAAGAAAUUAAAUUAUUACAUUUAC